UUUCUUUUCUCUCCUGAAAGUCAUUUUUCAUUUUUCCUUUAUCUUCAUCGAUUUUUUCACUUACUUAACCAGCUACAUUUGAUAUAGACAAUACACCGUUAUGAACGUUGAAAUCGAGAGCAAGGCUGGGCGCCAGGCUGCUACCAAGGUUGGAGGCAUGCGAGUCCCUGCACACGACCACACUGUUCCUGUCGUUAAGAAGGAACACGAGAGGAAACCUAAUGAUAAGGAUGCCGAUAAGAAACACCCAAAUGAGGACGAGCGCGAGCUUGAGAAGUUAGAGCGGUUCGAAUACGAGAAGCAAACUCGUCUUGCGGCUGGUGAGCGUCUUGCCCGGAUGCAGGAAAACCAACCUAAACACCAGCCGAACAAUAACUUUAAGCAGACCCAAAACAUCCAAGUCCAUCAGCCAGUUCUUCACAAUCACACCAAGUCUGGCGCUGCUGUUCAACAAUAA